CUCAGUAGGAAAAGUUGUACAGGACCACUUACCCAUGCAGCAGCAGUCCGUCUUCAUUAAAGCACCCUAUAAUCAUCAUCUUUAGACUAUCCUAAGGCAUUAUGGGAAGACAGAAGGUGCUUCUGGAAAAGAUGGCUCGGACAUUUCAGGUCCGGAACCUGCUGAUGCGACAGGCACUGGCAGAAUGCCUUGGCACCCUCAUUCUAGUGAUGUUUGGCUGUGGUGCUGUUGCCCAGUUGGUUCUAAGCGGAGGCUCUCAUGGAAUGUUUCUGACAGUGAAUUUUGCGUUUGGGUUUGCCGCUACAUUGGGAAUCCUAGUUUGUGGGCAAGUCUCAGGAGGUCACAUAAACCCUACUGUGACCUUUUCCCUCUGUUUAUUGGGGAGAGAGCCCUGGAGGAAAUUUCCCGUGUACUUCCUGUCCCAGACUCUGGGGGCUUUUCUUGGCUCAGGAAUAAUAUUUGGCAUGUAUAUUGAUGCAAUUUGGGACUUUGGACAAGGUUCUCUAGUCGUUGUAGGGGACAAUGCAACUGCUGGAAUUUUUGCUACAUACCCUUCUAAACACCUUACUUUGCUCAAUGGCUUCUUUGAUCAGAUAAUUGGCACGGCAGCUCUGAUCGUGUGUAUCCUUGCCAUUGUCGACCCUUACAAUAACCCCAUCCCACGAGGGCUGGAGGCCUUUACUGUCGGCUUUGUGGUUCUGGUGAUUGGUCAGUCCAUGGGUUUUAACUCAGGUUAUGCUGUAAAUCCAGCGAGAGACUUGGGACCUCGGAUCUUCACCGCAAUUGCUGGAUGGGGCUCAGAGGUGUUCUCAGAAAACUCUUACUGGUCCUUUGUGCCCGUCUUUGCCCCAUUCAUUGGUGCUGUGUUCGGUGUGAUGGUGUAUCAGCUGAUGGUGGGAUACCAUGUGGAAGGAGAAGAAAGAGUUAAAAGGGAAGCAGUGGAAAGAGAACAGAAGGAGAGACUCAAACUCUCUGCUGUUUCUGAGAAGGAGACAGCGUAAGUCUGGGUUCAAAUGGAGUCAUCUUCCACAAUUUAGCCUCUAAAAUUAAAUUAGUUUUCAUGACAAUAGUAGCAAUAUUGUGUAUUUUUGCACAUUUUCGACUAGCAAGACCCACAUUAUUAAAUCAUAACUUUUGACAGCUAUACUGGACGGCUGUGCCCUUGACAUCAUGAUUAGACUCUAUUUUUUGUACUGUUCGCACAAUUAGUUGAUAUCCAUUAUUGAUAUAAUUGGAGAAUCGUAAUUUGCAUAUCACUCUAAAUAUCCUGAUAAAUAUCUGUGUUUUAUACAUAAACAUACUAGUUAUCCUUUUCAAUUUAUUCAAAAAAGCCCAAUCAUAGCUAAAUUAAUUCAUCCAAUCUGCUAACAAGUCAGUUGUUGUCACCUGUUCAUUUAUCUCUAAAGCUCCUAUCUGCAUAAUGAAUAAUUAUGAAUAAGGGAUAUGAUUUAUGAAAAUGUUCACACUUUUGAAUACUGCAUCAAAGCCAUGAAAAUACUUGUUUCACUACUGUUCCAAUUUUAUUAUCAGUGAAUAAUAUGAGUAAUUAUGCAGUGAGAAAUUCAGUUCUGUUUACAUUGUCAUGUUGCUUUUUGAACUUUUGGAAAUGUUUUGUUGCAUUAUGUGCCUUUUUCUGUUCUGGGAAAAUGACUGAGUUUACACUGACUAUGCAUAUAAAAUGUGCUCAUUUAUAUUGUAAUCUUUAACAAUAAACUGCAUUUUGAGAAGGAACUAAGAUUCUAAUAGAUCUGUAAUAUUUAAAUAUGAGAAUCACCAUGCAUGAAAUGUAUUUUUGA